GUUCAUUUGAAUAAUAUCUAUAGCCCAGGUGGAAAACUAUACGAUAUCUAUUGUUUUGCAAUCAGCUAGUCUCCGAUGCCUUGCACAGUGAUUGAAAUAAUGAUCUACAUUUUGAUGCUGCCAAAGUUGCACCAUUACCAUGGCUACAGACUGCACUACUGAUCAAAGAACCAGCCCCAAAUAUUCCCAAUCCAGUGACGAGUGUACCAGUAGCAGUGAUGAAGAACUGGAGGUAUUUUUUGGACCAGUGACUGCAAAAGAAAGAGCAAUAGCAGCGGCGUUGUUGGAGCAAGAGAAUGCUGUCGCAGAUGAACAAACCGUUAACAACAAUGAUUACAAAUCGCCUCCCUUUCAAGGUGACGAUGCCACAAAGGACGCAGACGUCAAAUAUGAAAUCAUGAAGAAUGAUUUCCAGACAUUCCCAUCUUUGGAGAAAUCACCAUCAGUUGAUGAGUCUCCGGACUUAUCUUCGUAUCAGUCGGAAGCGCAGGUGAAGGAUGGCACACCCCGUACAAUCGAUUCGUCUCUUGGGUCUCUAAUUUUGACUCUUGACCUGUCGUCUUCAUUUUCAAGUAUCGACGAACAUGCACCAUAAUGACUAAUGCAGACAUAUUUGGAACUCAAGAUCGAAACUGAAAUUAAAUGUAUCAUAAUCUUUUUGCUAUAAUUAUGUGGUUGAUGGCCCAAAAAAUACAUCUAUAAAAUAGGACUCCAUAUUUAGAUUUGUAUCAUUUUUGUUCAAUCUCGUUUUAAAAAAAAAAUUCACUAACCAGUGUGUAAACACCAACUUACGUAAUCAACAAAUACCUUUGUAAAAUUCCACGUCGGUUAUAAAAAGGCAUAAUAAUGAAUUAAAUUUGAUUUAAAGCAUAGGCAUAUACAGCUUAAUAUUGCAUAUGUGUUGUACCGUAUAUAAUUAUAUUUGUUCACAUUAAAAUAAUUGACAUUUGUAGGAAAA